AUGGAUGGACCUCCGCCCCUCCGCGUUCAAGCCCGGGGCAGACUCCAGGAGCUCCUGCGUCCGGUGACCUCCCCGCCCACCAACACCUCGCGGACGGCGCGUGCAUCCACCGCCUCCAUCUUCAUCACGAGCGUCGAUGCGGACGACGGCCUGCUCUCCUCCGCCCUUCUCACUGGCUCUCCCUCCCGCCGCUAUGCCGCACCUGGUGCCGCCGCGCGUCGAGGUCGCCACGCCCUUGUCCUCCACCUCCCGUGCGGCCUCUCUCAGCGUAAUGCUGAGACAAGAAUGAUGGCAAUCCACGACAUAGACAUGCAUGGGGAGGACCCGAAAAAGUUCUACGUUCGGUCAGCUAAAUUCAUCGAGCCGCUGCAAGAUUUUGUGGUCGGGGAUAGUGUAGGAUAUAUCCACGUUUACUCAUAUGAAAAAGUGGAGAAACUGCAUAAUUUUAGAGGUCAUGGGAAAAGCGUCUCCUCACUGGCGGUUCACCCUAUUGAGCCAUUUGUGCUCUCGGCAUCUCGUGACAAGCUGAUCAAACUUUGGAACUGGGAGACUGGCUGGCAGUGCAUACGGAUAUUCGAAGGACACUCAGACUGGGUGCAUCAAGUGAGAUUCAACCCGCAGACUGCGAUGAACACUUUUGCAAGUUGUUCACGUGACUCCACGAUAAAGAUCUGGAACAUGUAUUCUCCUACUCCUGUCACCUCAUUCGACUGCAAUUCCAGAGAUGUUCGUGCUCUUGAUUAUUUCAUCCUCGGUGGUGAUUUGCAGUAUUUGGUUACAAGCUUCUCUUGGUCAGGGAGUGCACGGAUCUGGGAUUUGCAAACAAAUACAUGUAUCAAACUCAUCAACGGACUUCACCGCUCGGGCUACAAUAUUGCUGCGAUUGAAGGUCUCCCAGGUCGUCCGAUUCUGCUUACAGUGUCAGAUGAUCUCACUGUUGCUUUUUGUGACUCAACAACUCACAGGUAUGAGAAAAGGAUUAAAUUUAACUUGGGAUUCAUCAAGGACUUUGCAUACAUUAACAUGACAAAAAGCAUCGCCGUCCUAUAUGAAGGCGGAAUUGCAAUAAUUGAAACAGUUGAUCUUCCACAAAGAUUCGCACUUGAUGAUGGCGACAGUGGUUGA